AUGAAUCAAGAUAACCAAUAAAAUCAAAACAACAUUGAUCUAGAAGAUAAUACUAACUUAAGAGUAUCCUUGCCUCAGACUUAGUACUUCUCACAUGAAGCCUUGAGAGAGAUGUCAAAGAGAUUCAAGGAGUAGAAUAAAGAAAAUUAACAUGAUAUGCAAAUGAAUUGGCCAGGGCAAGCAUCUGAAGACAAUCUCCUCUACUACGGAGACACUAUGUGCUUUGAGUAGAGAUAUAUCAAUGACCUUAGAUUUCAAAGAUUCACCACGGAUAACAAGUUUACUUUUGCAGCCGAUUUCAUAAUAAACGAAAAGACUCAAAUGAGAAUGAAUUGUCUGGUCAGCAAUAAAAACAAGCAAGUCGUGGGAUUUCUUUACCCAAAGUUCAAAUAUCAGUUCAGACCCAAGACCUAGCUUGAGGGAGGGUUUUCAGUAGGAUCUAUACACAGAAGAAUGAUUGGAAUUAGUCACAUCCUUUCUCCAAAACUAUCUGUGGGCUAUCAAGCAGAGUUAUGCUAUCUGCGAAAGCAAUUGACCCAUAGCUUCUCUGCUAAGGAGAAGUUUGGAAGAAAUAGCUAUUUGACUACAACCUAUUCUAAUAAUUCAUAAGGGAAGUACAACUUUAAAAUAAAGAAUGAUAAUUAUAUUGAUGACUAAGUCACUCAAAACUACCAAAAUCUAAUGCUGAGAUCUGCAAAGAAGGUGACAUCGAUAGUAUCUAUAAGAGAAAAUAAGAUAGAGGCACAAGCAAUGAGCUCUCAUAAAAUAUCGAGAAGAUUUAGGUCUCGUUUGCAAGUUGGCGCUAGCAUGGAUUCAGAAGUGUCAUAUUCAGCCGAGAAUGAAUUUAAAUGGUAAUUCAGAGAUCAUGUGAGAUUAUAUUCAGGCUUGAGAUAUUCAAUUGAUGGAUGGCAGUUUUUAUUUGGUAUAAAAAUAGCUGGGCUUAAGCUGAAAAUACCUCUAAUAUUUAUUGAAGGCGAAGGGAAUUAGGAAACAGAAGAAGUAUCUAAAAUAUAAAACUACCCAAAUUGGUUUAAAUACUCCCUUAUUAUUGGUGGAUUUGUGCUUGGUACAUACAUAAUGAAGAUGCUAGAUAAUAAUAUUGAUAAAAAGAAAAUUACGAAAUGGAUCUAAAACAGCUUGAUAAAGCUUAAAGACAGACAAGAAGAUUCUUUACUUCUCAUUAAAGACAGAUCAAUAAGAAAUUAAAGACAAAUAGAAAGCAAGUUAUUUAUAAUGAGAGCUCUAUAUGGCUAAAAGUCAGAGAUUAAGAAAUUUAUAGAUAGAUUUUAAGGGGGUGAUAGACUGAAUUAGAUUACAAGCCCAUACGAAAGUUCUUUUGUUAGUGAGAUGCCUUAUGGAAUCAGUGAUGUUACUAUUCCAAUAAGGUUCUCGUUAGAGCCAAAUGGUUUGACACUUGAAAAAAUGAAAACUAAAGAGAACAUUCUUGGAUUCUUCAACCCUAUCCCUCCUUUUAGAAUGGAACAUGAUAAUCCAGUGCUAUGUAUAAUUUACAAAAGAUAGGAGGAGAGUGAUACUAUUAGAGUAAGCUAUUAUAGUGAUGAUGAGGAAGUUAAGAUUCUUAUUGAUGUUUAGCAAUGA